GAGGAGGAGGAACAUGUCACGAUCUGGGGCCGUUUUUUGCCCAAAACUUCUGGAAAGUUGACAUGAAGUAAACAGUCUCUUCUUGUCACAUCUUAACCUCAGCGGGUGGGUGUGGAUCCCAGUGCUGACCGCUGCAGCAGACUGGGAGGGUUCAGCGACUGGAUUUAAAACUCAAGAUCUCACUUGUUGUGAGGAAGGAGCGACAGUUCUGGUUGUGUAAUUAUCCGAGACUAUUGCUGCUACUAUUUUCCUCUUUUUUUUUUGAAAAACACACACACAAAACUAUCAUUUCCAUGACUUUUCACGUUGGCCACACCAUGGUGCAUAAAUAUGACACAGAGAGGGCUGUGGGGCUGCUCAGACAAUACCAGGCCAACCUGACCAGUCCGGAGGAGCAGGCCUUGAAGACCAAUGUGGGCAAAGUGUCCUCCAUCUUGGGCAGCCAGCUGUUCCGAGCACUUCUUGAUAUUCAAGAGUGUUACGAGGUGACCUUGCAACUGAACACAGCGCAAAGUGUUGUGAAAGAAGACAGCAGGGAGGAUGCGUGGGAGGAUCAGGAGGAUGAGGGUGUGUCUCGGGUACGAGUGACCAGCAGGAGGAGCCCUCACAAAGUGGAGCGAGUGUCUGGCUUGGUGGCCUGCUCCCGUGUCGACAUGCCAAAGGCCAACCCUCCCCCCAUCAUUGUCAACGCAGACUCACUAGAUGCAGGCCCUUAUGUAAAUGGCAGUGAUGGGAUGUACAAAUAUGAAGAGAUCAUUUUGGAGAGGGGGAACUCUGGCCUGGGCUUCAGCAUUGCUGGAGGAAUAGACAAUCCCCACAUUCCUGAUGAUCCAGGGAUCUUCAUCACCAAGAUCAUUCCUGGAGGAGCAGCUGCUAUGGAUGGACGGCUAGGGGUUAAUGACUGUGUGCUGCGUGUGAACGAUGUCGAUGUGUCUGAGGUGGUUCACAGUCGGGCGGUGGAAGCCCUCAAGGAGGCAGGACCUGUGGUGCGACUGCUGGUCCGACGGAGGCAGGCCCCACCUGAGACGAUUCUGGAGGUCAACCUGCUGAAAGGACCCAAAGGACUGGGAUUCAGUAUCGCUGGAGGGAUCGGGAACCAGCACAUCCCAGGAGACAACAGUAUCUAUAUUACCAAGAUCAUAGAAGGUGGAGCUGCCCAAAAAGAUGGACGGCUGCAGACCGGAGAUCGCCUGCUAGCUGUGAACAACACCAUGCUACAGGACGUGCGUCAUGAGGAGGCAGUCGCUGCACUGAAGAACACCUCUGAUAUGGUUUACCUCAAGGUGGCCAAGCCAGGACCUGUCCAUCUGAAUGACAUGUACGCCCCACCAGACUACUCCAGCACCUUCCCAACCAUGGUGGACAACCACGUCAGCCACAACUACAUGGGGGCAAUGGAGCCCAAGCCAGUGUACCCGCCCCCCCAGGUUACCCCGUCCAGGUACUCACCCGUUCCUCGCCACAUGCUGGGGGAGGAAGACUUCCCAAGCAGGGCUGAGCCUAUUUACAGUGUCAUCAACAAACCUGGGGACAGCAAGGUGCCCCAGGCCUUCUACAGAGGCUUCUGCCCUUCCCCUGCUCCCUUGUGCCAAGGUCCACUCCCCUUCUCUGGCAGGGAGCCAAGGAAGGUGUUGCUGCACAAAGGCUCCACAGGUCUGGGCUUCAACAUCGUCGGUGGGGAGGAUGGAGAGGGGAUCUUCGUCUCCUUCAUCCUGGCUGGAGGGCCAGCUGACCUGAGCGGCGAGCUGAGGAGGGGCGACCGGAUUCUCUCUGUGAAUGGAGUGAACCUAAGGAAUGCCACACAUGAGCAGGCGGCUGCAGCGCUGAAGAGAGCUGGGCAGACUGUCACCAUCAUUGCUCAAUACAGGCCUGAGGAGUAUAGUCGCUUUGAGUCUAAAAUCCACGACCUGAGGGAACAGAUGAUGAACAGCAGCAUGAGCUCAGGAUCAGGCUCCCUGCGCACCAGUGAGAAACGCUCCCUCUAUGUCAGAGCUUUGUUUGACUACGACCGAACGAGGGACAGCUGCCUGCCCAGCCAAGGCCUGAGCUUCUCUUAUGGGGAUAUCCUUCAUGUCAUAAAUGCUUCUGAUGACGAGUGGUGGCAGGCGAGACUUGUCACACCUCAUGGAGAGAGCGAGCAGAUUGGGGUCAUUCCCAGCAAGAAAAGAGUGGAGAAGAAGGAGCGGGCCAGGUUAAAAACAGUCAAGUUCCACGCCAGGACAGGCAUGAUUGAGUCUAACAGGCCAGUCAAAGUAAAGCGCAAAAAAAGCUUCAACCUCUCACGCAAGUUCCCGUUUUACAAGAGCAAGGAGAAUAUUGUGCAGGACUUGAUGGAGCCUGACCAAUGCCUGACAUCCAACACAAGUGACAGCGAAAGUAGUUCGAAGGGUCAGGAGGACACGAUUCUUUCCUAUGAGCCAGUCAUUCGACAGGAAAUACACUACACAAGGCCUGUGAUCAUUUUGGGCCCAAUGAAGGACAGAGUAAACGAUGACCUCAUCUCUGAGUUUCCCCACAAGUUUGGCUCAUGCGUACCACAUACAACUCGUCCGAGGCGAGAGAACGAGAUGGACGGCCAGGACUACCACUUUGUGGCUUCAAGAGAGCAAAUGGAGAAAGACAUUCAGGAUAAUAAAUUCAUAGAGGCGGGCCAGUUCAAUGAGAACCUCUAUGGGACGAGCAUCUUGUCUGUCAGAACUGUGGCUGAGAGGGGGAAACACUGUAUUCUGGAUGUGUCUGGGAAUGCCAUAAAGCGACUGCAGCAAGCACAACUUUAUCCGAUUGCCAUCUUUAUUAAACCAAAAUCCAUUGAAGCCCUUAUGGAAAUGAAUAAGAGGCAGACGUUCGAGCAGGCCAAUAAAGUCUUUGACAAGGCAGUUAAGCUGGAGCAGGACUUUGGAGAGUAUUUCACAGCUAUUGUACAGGGUGACUCGCUAGAGGAGAUCUACAACAAAAUCAAGCUUAUCAUCGAGGAGCAGUCUGGGCCCUACAUCUGGAUCCCCUCCUCAGAGAAGCUCUGAGCUCUCUACCGUCCUCUCUGCAUCGGUGCAGAGCUCCCUUCCUGCCUCCCAGAGACCCCACCCAAGCCCAAAUAGCCCCCUCUCCUCACCUCCUUUUUGCAGAUAUGUUUCAUAUCAAGUUUUAGUGUCAUCAUUAUGUUACUCUCUAAAUGAAAAGAAGUCUUAUCACCAUUACUGUGACUGUGCACACCCCUGCAUGAGUUUCUCAACAAAUCCAUUCAAGACUGGAAAUGCCAUUCCAAAGGAAUUUGUCAAAUGAAAACAAAAGGGAAAAGGAAUAAAUCCUUUUGUGAACUGAGACUGACUGAAGAUCAGAAUGUUUUGCAGAAAUCUAGAGAGAGGAGUUGGGAUUCAAAAAGAAGUUGCAGGGGAACAGAGACAAAUCAUACCAAGUUGGAACACUUUGUAAAUGUUCAUCAAAUCACAUUUAAAAAGACACGCAAGAUGAGAAGUUGAAGACCAAUUAAGGGGUUUUUUUUUUCUAAAAGGACUGGAUAAAAUCGAGCCCUGCUGAUGGUACUGUUCGAGGAGUCAUCUCUCUUGUUUAUAAUGACUGAGGAAAUUAGUGGAGGAGCCUACAAACUGGUGAUCUAUUUAUCACAAACCAGCUUGCUGUUUGGUCGUCUGCCAGUUGUCUGUGCUGCAGCCGAUAAAGACAUCUUGGGAGGCAGAUCAAGAGGAAGAAAUGCGUUGUGAAUCUCUACAUUUAUAUUAUGAAAUCACAAGAUAAAUGAUAAAAUCCUACUGAGAUUUUACUACAUAUUAAAAACUACACAUUUUACACUUCACUAGAAUUGUCAAUUUGGAGGGCUGUUAGAUUUCAUUUUUUUUUUUGUUUUGUUUUUUUUUUUCUUUUCUUUUUUUCUUGUGGGAUUUUUUGCUUGUGGUUUUUAGCUGCUCUGUGUAAAGGAUGGGGGUAGAGAAGUGUAACUGGGCUCUCUGCAAAACACCAAACUGCCUUACAUCAAAUACAAAUUCUGUUUUGUGACUACCUGUUGUCUGUGAGGGAGGCUGCACACAAUUGACGAGGAAAAGAGAGGAAACGUUCUCAUCUUUCCUUACUUUUUUGUGUCCUCCAACUGUCAGGAGGCCUGACUUGAGUGCAAUAGAUUUAAAAAAAUAAUUAAAAAAUCUAUAUAUCUAUAUAUAGAUAUAUCUAUAUAUAUAUAUCUAUAUAUAGAUAUAUAUAGAGUCUCACCUCUGUGGGCGCCUUUUCUCUGUAUAUCAAACUUUUUUCAGUGUAAUUAAAGAAUUUGGCCAUUGGAUUACAAUUUGGACAGCCAGAGCCUCCUAACUCAUGUUGAGCAGCAGACCACCCUAUUACACUCUCUGCCUUCCCAGAGGAUUCUCUUCUGAUUGGUCACAUGGUACUGUCCUAUCUGCCGCCAUGACGGUGGCCUUAAAACGGGUAGAACAAGACAAUAAUUGUAUUGGAUGUCCUAACGAUUAAAGAGUCAAUAUAACCUGUUUGGAUUGUCCCCCUGUCCCCCUACCAAAAACAACACUAAAGUUGGGUUUGAGUAAACCUAUAUGCUUUGUGUAUCUAUAAACGUAUGAAUUCUUCAUGAAUCUGUUGUUGGCAGGUGCUGAACCACUGUGUUUGAGCUCUUAGUGUGUCUGGGGUGAGCUAGACCAGCUCAGGAAUCUUAACGUACAGAUACCAUUUCCCCUGUGACUGAACGGCCAUGUUUGGGCGAUGACACAGAGUUUGUAGUUGUGAACAAAUGAGUACUCAUGGCACUGUCGUGUAGUUAAAGGCAUUUUCAACUGGAUGGUGUUAUCAGGUCGUAUUGCGUGUCUUCUGUUUCUUGCGGGGCUGGGAGCUUGUUCGAGGCCAUCGGUUUGGUAACCUAUGCUGUGCGGCAUCACGAGGAUUGAAAUGACCCGCUCUGCCUUUCUGUGCAGAUCUUGGCGCUGUAUGCCGACGUGUGCAUGUGAGAGGGCACGUCUGAAGGAGUCCUGUGGCCCCCAAUUCUGCCAGCAUUCUCGCUUUCUUCCUCAGCUUUUUGAAGAGUGCAAAGGGAUUUUAUUUUUUUUUUCUCCUCAGAGAGCCAGACCCAACAAGAAGUGUUAACCUAGACCUCUGGGUCCAUUGCUCUCUCCCACCCACAGAGCACCUGUACCUGCAGGCAUUUUCUGAACAGGUGUGCCCACCUGCCAGGCACCACUGCUAAACCAGCUGUCAUUACCUGUGUCAAAACCAGAGUUCAGGGAAUAACCGAAGGGAACAGAGCCAUUUAUAAACUGCUUGCAGACUGUUUCAAAGGGUGUGGUAGCUGUACAAUGUAAAUAAGCCCCCAGCAGAUCCCCCUCACCUGUGCUUCAUGCAUGUGUGAAUCAAACUGGGACAAACAUGUUUUAUAGACCACAAAUGUCAGGUAAGUAAAGUUUGAGCUACUCUUGAGAUAUAAUUUCCAUACAAAUGUGCUGUAUUGUUGGUAUUUCUCUUCAAAUGCCUAUUGGAACACUUAACUAGUCAGUUGGGAAUUCAAUUCCCUCAAGUAGGGCCUGUCUACAUGUGAUUUCUUGUGGAACGUGUCUGGGUGUAUAGAUUUAAAAAAAAAUAUAUUGUAAAAUAAAGUGAUGCAGGCAGAAACCUACACAAUAUCACAGAAACCAGGAGCGUUGAUCAAUACAUUAUUAGAAGUUUAGAAUUGGUCUUCUCUGGUGUUUAGUUGAAAUACAGCUGACUGUUAACAAUGUGUGUGGUAUUCAUACCUCAGUCAGCCAUGUCAAAGCCCAAAGAACUUGAUUUCAUUUUACUCUUUCCAUUGAGGUUGUGGUAACAAGAUGGAACCUGAAUGCCUCUGUGUGUGUAUAAUUGAUGAGGGUCUUUGUUCUGAUGAGAGAAAUGACGACAUAUAUGCUUUUAUUUUUUGGGUGGGGGGGUCAGGGUUCUUGUUUGUACUUUUGGGUGAUGAUAUGUUUAUGUUAUAGCACACCUGUGCAGUAAGUGCUUGCAAACAUGAACCCUUUGAUUGUACAGUAGUUUCCUUCCUGUCACUGCAGGUGGUACAGCCUAUCAGGACACUUGGCCUCAUGGUCUUCCCUGUCCUAGUCAUGAGGGAACACAGUCCUGCAACUUUUGUUUGGGUUUUAUUUUGGGACUUGACAAGAGUUUAUUUGUUUGAAAAUAAAAUAUGUGACUCA